AUGGCUGAUGACUCAGUAAUUCACGAGUCUACACUUUUCCACCUGCUGCUUCUGACGGAGCUGGUCCUUCGGUCGGCGUCGUUCCCCACCCCCAGCCCCUUCAUGUGUGGGAUGUUUGGAUCAAUGGUCCAUCACUUGGACAGGUUGUUGAACUCAUCCAAGAAGAUCAAUAACGUGCCGGACGACAAACUUGUGAACUUUGCUGCUGUCGAAGACCAGCUGGAAAGUCUUCCUCGCUUCCAACACACUGCUGCUCACUUCAAGACUCUGAAGAUGAACGAGUCACUCCUGCAGCUGUAUGUGGACACCGAGGCCUUCAGGGUGCACGUCGACUGGCUGAAAGCUGCUAAAGAAAACUUGAGUUUGCCCUUCGAGGCAGACGAGGGGGCCAGAGCCCACCUCCAGCACCUAGCGGUGCUCCUCAGAAAUUCUAUUCACCAGAUUAAUGAAGAGACUCCUCAGACGACAGCUCCCUCGCUUCCCGUUGUCUCCAACUCCUUCGAAGCCCUUAUCUUCUCCGUAGAAAUUUCAGAAAGGUUGCAAGCCUUCAGCUUUAGCUCCAAAAGGAUCUUACGGCACUUCCACAGAAAAUACCUCUGCCCCAGACAUUGA